ACGGGCAGGCAACCCUAGUUUGAAACAGGGGGAGGGUCGGUUGGCACUAGCUAGGGUUUUCCACAUCUUGAAGACAGUGCCAUUGUAUCCAUAUCCACACCUUAACUCCGGUCUUCCGUUCCAUGUGUUACAUUCCAUCUGUUGCAGCCAUUAUCCUUCACCGCCUCCCUCCCUCCCUCCCUCCCUCCUCUAUUUAAGCACCCCUUCUCCUCUCCCUGGAGAUAUCUUCUCCUCAGUAGGUUUCAUAGUCCUGGUGUUCUGCUUGUUCUGUGAUCAUGGUUUCUGCUGAUGCCAUUCGAACAGCAGUUGGAAUCUUAGGGAAUGCAAUUGCACUGGGCCUGUUUUUGUCACCAGUCCCGACCUUCGUCAAGAUAUGGAAGAAGGGAUCGGUGCAGGAGUUCUCGCCGAUCCCCUACGUCGCCACCUUGCUCAACUGCAUGAUGUGGGUGGUGUACGGCCUGCCCAUGGUGCACCCCCACAGCAUGCUGGUGAUCACCAUCAACGGGUCAGGCUUGGCCAUCGAGCUCUCCUACGUCCUCCUCUUCAUCGUGUACUCCUCCGGCAGCAAACGGUUGAAGGUGCUGGUGAUGCUGCUGGCCGAGACCGCCUUCGUCGGCGUCGUCGCGCUGCUGGUGCUCACGCUCGCGCACACACACGAGCGACGCUCCAUGAUCGUCGGCGUCCUCUGCGUCUUCUUCGGCACCAUGAUGUACGCCGCUCCUUUAUCCGUCAUGAUCGGAGCCAAAAACUGGACUGUUUCCGUGGCAAUUAUUGCGGCAUCGGUGCACAGCGGAACAAGACGCUCGUCGUCGUCUUCAUGCGUCGAAAAUGGUGAUCCGGAGCAAGAGCGUGGAGUACAUGCCGCUCUCCCUCUCGCUUGCUUCCUUCUUCAACGGCGUUUGCUGGACCGCUUACGCACUCAUCCGUUUCGAUCCGUACAUCACAAUUCCCAAUGGUCUGGGGGUGAUGUUUGCAGUGGCGCAGCUGGUACUGUACGCCAUGUAUUACAAGUCGACGCAGAGGCAGGUGGAGGCGAAGAAGAGGAAGGCGGAGCUGGGGCUGACGGAGGUGGUGGUGGUGAAGGGAGACGCCAACAAGAUUGUGAGCGUCCCUAUCAAUGGCGGCAGCAACGCGGAGAAUCGCGACAUGUGAUGAUCGAUCCAAGGCUUGACGACUGUUUCUCAUAUUAGUACCCGAAGGGGGGAUGCGUGUUCUUCUUCUUCUUCUUCUUCUUGUUCGACGUUGAAGCUCCACUCCGAAAUAUAUGUUGCUUCCGUGGUGUUCA